AUGGCUGAGUGCCCAGUUGGAAAGUUCUUGGAGAAAGUGAAAGAGCUUCCGGAAAAAGAAAAGUACAGCGGCCCUGUUAUUCUGUCCCUGUUUAAGCUGCUGGACUCGAACGAGAAAAAAGUUUUGUUCUCUCUGCUGGCCAGUAACAUAUCAGUUCGCAGGAUAAAGGAAGACUUGGUGAAGAAACUCUUUCUGCUGGGAGUGCUUACAGUGGAGGCCGAGUGCUACACGCUGCGCCAAGAGGUGCGAGACACUUUCUUGGCUGCAUGCACAAAACCGGUGGAAGAGAGCAUUUUGGUGAAAACCGAGAUAGCACACACCAGCAUUUCACCUGAUAGAGCAGAGUAUGCGCCAAUUGGAGGCUCACGCAGGGAGCAAAUAUCAGCAAAGAAAAAAAACACAACAGACGGAGUGUAUAGCAAUAUGCUGUACAAAAAUAUUUCAAAUAAGCCCGAUGCCAACAAAACAAUUCGCCGGCUGAUGCUGAGCACUGGAGUCAUCAACAAAGAAGGGCUAACGUACAAAGGGUUCAACUUUCUGCUGACAGGGAGAAAGCACCAGAUGUGGUCUCUGAUUCUUGCGCACAUUCAGGAAGACCCGCGGACCAGCCAAAGCGAAAUUCUUACGCUCUGCGAGCUUCUGACUAAAGACCCAAAAAGAGUCUAUGCUCUGGACAGCACACAGCACUCCAGGAUGCUAGGCCUCUUUGAGUCUCUUGGGCUGCUCGUGAUCGAGGAAGGGCUCGUCUAUUUUUCUCCCUCUUUCUCGCUGCUUUUUAACGAUGAAGAGGGGAGCAGCAAGUUUCUUCUUUUGGAAAGCAACUUUAGAUUGUACAUAUACAGCAACAGCCCUCUGGACAUCUUUAUUAUUUCCCUUUUCAGCAUAAAAAUGCGCGAUUUUCCAAAUAUGAUAGUUUCGAUGAUUAACGAAGAGAGCAUACGGCAGGCCCUUGCGUGCGGCAUAACAGCAGGACAGAUAAGGCUCUAUCUGAACCAGAACAGCAUGUAUCCUAUAAACGAGAACGUGCUGGAGCAAAUUCGCCUGUGGGAAAAAAGAAUGAACAGAAUACAGUCGUGGGAGUCGUACAUAUUCAGCAACUUUUUGAACUACAAAGACUUUCUGCUCGUUGAGUCGUACUGCGACAGCAAGACAAUAGAGUACAAGUCCUAUCGAGACAAAAGAGCUCUUGUUGUGGGAAUGGACAGCUAUGAGGACGUAAAAGGGUUUAUUCGAAUGAACAUAAAAUAG